CGUUCAAAUAUCCCGCUCAUUUGAUUAGUAUCGAUAUGAAAUCAUCCGUCAGGUUGUCAUAAGUCAAAAGAAUAUUGUAGUGUAAGACUUUCAUUAAUUCCGGAAUAAAUGAUAAAAGAAACAAACGAACCGAAAGUUUAAAAACAACGAACGGAGUUAUCUGUCAUUUUAAUAUACAAUUUAUGAUAAGACAGUGUACACUUUUAGUACACAGCCAAUUCAGAACCAUGAAUGAAACGGCCAUCAUGUCACACCCGAAACAAAAUAACAAUCGAACAAUGGGCAGAAAGAAAGCAAAGACCGUUACAUCUGCGCAGUCUCUCGCCGUAUCUCUGCGCCGUAUCGAAUUUGAGACUGACAUAAAAUCAUCAAGGAAAACAGUAACUUUACGUCGUGUUAACUUUUCCAAUGUAUAUUAUAUCAUUGUGAUUAAUAUUUACAGCAAGGUAAAUAAUUCGAUUGAAACAAAUACAUUGUUUUCAUUAAUGAUGAUUGUCCUUGUCGUAAUUUAUGUUUAAAUUAAUAAAUCCACUAUAUUUGAUUGAUUUACUUAAAAUAUCAAUCGCAUUAAAUACAAUACCUACUUCAAAAUAAAUACAGUUACACAUGUCUCUUACUUUACGGUAAAAUUAUUUAAAUCUGUAACGUUAUCGAUGUAAAACCUAAUUAUUUUGUACUGUUUACAUAAGGAAAUAUAUCCUUGACGACGCUGUAUUGUCGUUUUGUGACUUCUAUCUGUAGCCACGUUUCAUUGAAUUUCUUUAAAUCUGGCAACAAUGGUGCGUGUACCUUGCGCGUAUAUAAAUAAUUCCGGUGCCUACUUUUAAAUUAAUUUAAAUUUACAAUGAGUACCGAGGAGUUACUUAUUACAAAUAGGGCUCAAAUUAGAAAAAAAUGGAAAGAAGAAGGUGUUGACGUUGAAAAUGAUAUUGAAAUUAUUAGAAAUUGGUUAAAGACUCAACAUCAUUUACCUGAAAUGCCCUCCGAUAAUAUGAUUGAAUUUUUUUUGACAAAUUGCAAAUUUAGCAUCGAGAAAACGAAACAAAAUAUUGAUAUGUACUACACAAUAAGGCCACUAUUACCUGAAAUAUAUCAAAAUACUAAUCCUUGUUUAUCAGAAAAUCAAGCUGUUUUCAAUUGGUCAUUCGUUCUUCCAUUACCAAAAUUAACAUCAAGUUUGCACAGAGUCACAUUGAUUAAAUUUAGAAGCGUAGAUGCCGAAUUAAUAAGUUUCACGAAAUGGGUUUCAAUGUUUAUGAACGGCAUCUACGAAAUUAAAAUGCAAGAAGAUUUAUCUAUGGGAGAAAUACUGAUUUGUGAUUUGGGAACUUUAACUUUGGCAUAUUUACCUAAAAUAAAUCCCAUGGUUAUUAAAAAAGCAGCUUUAAUUUUAGAAAAAGUUUGGAGUAAUCGAGUAAAAGGUAUCCAUCUUGUCAACGUUCCUGCAAUAGCUGAUGUAUUAAUAUCGAUAUUAAAAUCUGCUGUGAGUAAAAAAAUUAAAGAAAGGAUAUAUAUACAUGGUAAAUUGGAAGAUCUAUUUGACUACGUAUCAAAAGAUAUUUUACCAUGUGAUUAUGGUGGCAUGGAAAAAUCUAUGGAUGAAUUGAAUGAAUUAUGGAAAAACAAAUUAACAGAAUACAAAGACAGAUUUUUAAUGUUGGAAAAAAUGAAAAUUGAUGAAGACGUUCGUCCAGCCCCCUUAAAAAAUUCGGAUUUAUUAGGAUAUUAUGGAAAUUUCAAAAAAAUCGAUAUUGAUUGAAAUCCUGUAUACAUAUUUCCAAAUAUUUAAUAUUUUAAUAUACGGGGUGUGUCUAAAAAAUUGUGACGUGUAAAACUGUACAAUCCUGGGGUCAAAUUUAUUUAAUAGACUCAAAUGUCUGUUAAAUAAGAGUUCUUGGAGUGCUGUGUACUUUUCAAGCAAAAUGCUCCUUCGAAAAAUUUCUUUUUCCAGACCUCAGAAUAGCAAGAAGGAAAUUAUAUUUUAUGGUGAGGGUACACGGUCUGAAACUGUGCCGUAAUAAUCAAUUCUCGUGUUAUGUAGAGUGUCAUCGAAUUUCUCGAGAUGUCGUGCCAAGUCACGUGGAACUGCGAGUUCCAGAGUUCACUUCUGGUGUACUACAGAGUGCCACCGAACUUAACCUAACCUAACCUAAAAGCGAGGAAUAUAAUUAAAUGUUGAGUGCGAGAGAUAUGAGGAAAUUGAUGAUUCUGCACGUCAAUGCUUAGUUUUUCCCUUGUAACCCCAAUAUACGCGUAAAACAGAGGUCAGUUCCGUUGCCUAGCGACGACUUACCAAAAGAAUAGAAAGUCGUGCUCGCCGUAAUAAAAUAUACAAAUCCGUUACGCCAUUGGCGACGAGAAAAUCGUCGUCAUCCCAAUGAACUCUUCCCAACGCGUCCAAAGACCCCCAUCCAAAAAUGCAACGGCAAAAAUGUAGACCACACCUAUACCGAAGAAGAGUUCCUAGAGAUCCAUUCGACACUAAAAUUCCCCGUUCUGAAAUCCUGGAGGAUCAUUGCCAGGUCAACAAAUAAACCUACCUCCAAGUUUCGAAUUAUAACAGACUCCGAAUCAGCCCUCACCAAGGGCAUAAACUUCCACGGGCUUUCGCACUAUUGCGAAGCCUCGAAUUCAAAUUCCAUUCCCGCAGUCCCCAAAUAUUGCAUCCGCUGUUCCUCCGCCGGCCAUUCCGCAGACUCCUGCAAUGCCAAACCUAUUUGUCCAUAAACCAGAAAAAUGCCCAAAGUCGAAAUCCCCUAUUUGCAAAAAUUUCGGUGGAUCUCACACAGCCUUCCAUCCCCGUUGUCCGAAAAGGAUGGAAACUCCCAUAGCUCCCCAGGAAACGACCCCAGUCACCCUGGAAAAACCCCGUACGACCUCUCUACGAACACCAAAAUAUUAAUCGAAAGCCUGGCAACCACAAUUAUGAAUGUUAUCCCCACAUAACACACACACCAACCCCCCAAUAAUCACCCUACACAUUUCGACGAUCGUCGGUGUUGCCAGGUUUUCUGCGGUUUCCCUGCAACCUGGUAAACCGGUUCUCCAGUCAAAUGGCCGACGGUAGGGAAUAACGCAGCCGCUGCUGUUUUUACUUGCAAAGAUAAAAUAUACAGGCGCGCACAAGUAGAGGCCGCCGGUCAACGUUCACGACGCUUUCCCCGAACGCAAAGGCUUACGAAAAAAAUUUUCCGAGACAGGAUCUUUUGUUGCGGGCCUUUUUCGUAGACAACGGCGGCGCCCUGGCACCAGCUCGCGUCGUAGAGUUCGGGAACCGCUGCUGUAGAACAUCGAAGCUCGAAUUCCACCCGGGACGGUCUCCAAAAUUGUCAUUCUCGCUCCAUCGCCGUACAUCGUGAUUUUCCAUUUCUCGUGAGCCUUUAUAGAGCACCAUUCUGCUUGAAAAGUACUUCUUGUUAAACUGAUGCAAAUUGUCUCAAAAAAAUAAUUCUGUUCGUAAAAAUAGUGAGCAAAGUUAGAUUUUCAUAAUUUUCGACAAGGUUUCGAGAGGGUUGCUUUCAUCAUCGACGAAAUUAUGAAUAUCUAACUCGAACUAUAUUUUUGUGGGCAAGAUUAUUGAUUUCUAUAUAAACUAAACUAAAAAAGGGUUUAAAUCAACUUAUUUUUUCAUACAUUUAUACCAAUUUAUGUAUUUUAAAUAAAAUCAGAAAUGCA